AUGACAUCAUCACUGGUCUUGAAUCCAGUAGUGAAUUCCGACAGAUCAUCCAUAAGAAGAAAGAAGAAGAAGAAAAUCCAAAGCCAAAUCCUUGGGGAGAAUCUUAAUACUAAUAACCUUCAGAAUUCUACCGAGAAUUCAGUAAUUCAAUGGAAAUCUGAAGCUCAGCAGCAAAUUUACUCAUCAAAAUUGCUCAAGGCGCUACGCCAAGUCCGUCGCAGCAACUCAACAACUCUUACAUCAGCUCCGAAGUGCGGCCGAGCCGUCCGUGAAGCAGCGGACAGGGUUUUGGCAGCCUCAGCCAAGGGCCGUUCCCGAUGGAGCCGAGCCAUUCUGACAAACCGGCUCAAGCUCAAGUUCCUCAAGAAGAAUAACCUCAACAAGAGGCAGAGAAAUGUAAUGGUGGUUACCACCGGGAGCAGCCAGUCACAGAAGAAAUCAAGAGUGAGUAUUAUGCGUUUGAAGAUGAAGAGUCUACCCGCUGUUCAGAGGAAGACUCGAGUUCUUAGUCGUUUAGUUCCAGGUUGCCGGAAACAGCCUUUGCCAGUAAUAUUAGAUGAGGCUACUGAUUAUAUAGCGGCUCUUCAAAUGCAAGUCCGAGCCAUGAGCGCUUUAGCCGAGCUGCUUUCUGUUCCCGGCUCUUCUUCCUCCACUAACGCCGCAGCUCCUCCUCCUGGUAACCAGCUCACUUCAAGCCAAUCUCCCCCCAGUGUAUAA